CAGCCCAGUGCUCAUGCUCCAGCGGCGGAGUCAAGAAGCCAGGCUACAAAACUGCCAACAUGGCAGCAAAAUACUUUUACCAACAAGGGUUUUUAUUACUUUUAUUUAACUUUAUUUCUGCGUCGGCCUUGGAGAGAAGGUUUUCUGACUUUAAAAGAUGCGCCGAUGAAGAGUGCAGCAUGCUUCUUUGUCGGGGGAAAGCCGUUCAAGAUUUUUCAGGACCUGAUUGUCGGUUCCUUUCCUUCAAGAAAUCUGAAACUAUAUAUGUAUACUACAAACUGUCCGGACGAAGGGCUGACAUAUGGGCUGGAAGUGUUGGAAGCAACUUUGGCUAUUUCCCAAAGGAUCUUCUUUCAUUAAACCAUGUUUAUACUGAUAAAGAACUUGAAAUUCCAGCAGAGGAAACAGAUUUUGUCUGUUUUGACACCGGAUAUGACAAGUUUGACUCUUAUGACAUAGACUUGCUCUUAGACUUGACAGUAGAAAAGGAUAGUCUCAAUAAUGGAACUGCUGACCAAAUCCAAGAGGCAGAGAGCAAGCAGAGGGAAGCACAGCCAUCAGGAGAAGAAGGAACUAAGAGCAAAAUACAAGCUCAUGAUUUCUCAGAGGAUAUCAAUAAAGUACCAGAUGACCGAAGUGCCUCUUUAUCUGAACUUGAUAUUUCAACUGAAUCAUCUUUAAUUAAAGAUGUUGAGUCAAAUACAGAAGAAGAAAAAGUUGAGCAGAAACAGGAGCUAAAGUCGGGUGUGGAACAUGUAUCAGAAACCCAAGAUCCACAAACCGAAUCUGAAUUGCAAUCUAUGCCCAAAAGUGAUUUUGUUUCAGAAAACGAACCAGUAACAACUUCUGAAGGAGCACAGAUCCCUGAAUUAAACACAACUCUGGGAACAACUUUUGAUGCUGUCACCACGGAUGCAGAAAUCACAACAAAAGUUACUCCACACGAAGAGGAGGACAGUGAAAAUAUGGAAGAGCAUCCAGUAGAUGUCAGCAACGAUAAAGAGGAAACUCCUCUGCUGUCCUUUUCUGAAGAAAAAGAGGACACUCCAGAUUCUCUUACAAAGGAAAAAAGCCCUCCAACAGCACAGGAUGAAAAACCAAACAUGACAGAAGAGAAAAACGUGUGGACAUCGCUUGGAGAUGCUGUAUUUUCAGUUGUUACAGGAGGAGAGACCACAGCAGAAGAUGUGGGCUCAGAUGAAGAUGAGGAUGAGGAUGAUACGGAUCUGGAAGAGAAAGCUGCUGGAAAAACGGAGAAAGAUCCACUUUUAUCAGAACCUCAGAAGGAAGCGCUUUUGUUUGACAGUGAAGAUGAGAGCCAAGAACAAGAAGAUGCUGUGAAUGAAACAUUUAAUCCAUCAGACGAGCCUAUACACAAUCAAACCGAAGAGAGUAUGAAAUCAGUAGAUCCUGUAUCACAUGAUGGUACUUUAAGGAAUCCUGAUGGGAAAAAAAUUGAUAUUAAAACAGCACAUGAACCUUCUCAAAACAAAGAAGAAAUUGAGAUAUUUAAGGAUCCAGAGGUUAAAGGGAAUGAUGCAAAUAUACAGGACAGUAAUGCUGCAAUGGAGCUGAAUUUAGAAAACAAAACUGUGGCUGAUGAACAAUUGGUCAUCACCAAAAGGGAAAACGAUCUAAAUCUUUCCACUGAAAAGAAUCAGUCUAAGGAUUUGGACAUAAAAGAUGACAAUAUUAUAGUAGAUGAAAGACUUCCUGAUCAGAUAAAUAACAAGUUAAUUACAGAUUUAGAAAGUAAUAAUAGCCGUGAAGAAUUAUCUGAGGAGGACCCAGAAAUUCAGGAGCCGCUGCAGAUGGAGAGGAGGGAUGAUGGAAAAGAUCCAGAGACUGAAGAAAAUGACCAUGAAGAGAAAGAAGAGUUACUUGAAGAUGAAAAUGCACGUUUUGUCUCACAGUCAGUUGAUGCACACCCUGACAAACCUUUACCUGACUCUACAAAGUCCACUGACUCAACUCCAGAGCCAGAAUACAGUGACAGCAUAAUGAGGCUCACUCUUCUGAGAGACCACUUCACAGUGAAGAACAUGGAGCAGGUCCAAAAGGUCCUGGGUCUACAAAAUCUUUUCAAAGUGGAGUCCAUGUUUUCUGAUCUUGACACAAAGUUACAGGCCACUCGUAUGUCUCAGACGGGUACCACACAGGACAUUGAAAGUGCACUUGAGAACAUCCUGGAAACCUCUGAGAACGCUAUCUUGGAUGAGAUUGAGAAAAUGCUCGAUAGCCGGGAUGUAAAACAAGACAAUGACAACCACGAGGACACAAGUAGUCUGGAUGAGGAAACAGAAUUAUUGGAUGACUUUCAGGAGCUUGCUUUCAGCCUACGACAAAAGUACUCAACAGCCAGUGACACUGCACCUUUAGCAACAGAAAAGUCAUUAGAUAAUGUGGAAGAUGAGACUCCGUUUAAUGUUGAAGAAGGCACCCCUCACGUUGCUGAAGAUAACUUUGGCAACAUGCCUGAACUAAAUCAAAAUGACAACAUCACAGAAACCGAUCACAAAGAGGAAACAGAUGAAACCGACAGAGAGCAGAUAGUUUUAGGGGAGGUGCCCAGUGGCCCAGAUGUCAGUGUGGAGGAGGAUGGUGGGCACUUUAAUAAAAACAAAGAAGAACAGCCAAGCUUCAGUCCAUCAGAUGAGGUGCAGAAGCUCCCUGAAGCUACCCUGGAAAAUCCUUUAGACAUGGGCCUUGGUGCUGAUGUUGAGCACCCACCCUCAGGAUCCAUGGAUUCGAUGGAGUCAGUGACUGAGCUGCAUGAGGAAGACGUUGGAUUAUUCACAACUGGAAUUGUUUACAUGAGCUGUAUCCUCUCAAUAAUCAGGGAUAAAACUGCAGAGUGGACCACUGUGAUAAUUUCAUUACUACCAGAUGAGUGGAAGCCAGGGGAAACUUUGUAUGGAUGUCCUUGGCAAGCUGUUUUCAUCACUGCUGUGGUUGGAGUGCUGACCUUCACCCUCUUCUUCUGGAGGACUGUAUUGGCAGUAAAGAAGAAAGAAUAUCUUGUGGAUGAAAAAAAGCUCGCAGAGCAAAUCCAGGCUCUCAAGAAGGAGAAGAAUGAUGCUCACGCCAAAAUAUCUGAUCUCCAGAGACAGACUGAAGAUCUGAAAGAAAAGCAGAAACAGUCAAAGGAGACUGUUAGUAGUACUGUGAAAAAGAUGCAAAACUUGGAGAAUAAAGUUUUAGAGGCAGAGAAACAGAAUCAACAGAUAGCAGAGGAAAGGAACAAGUAUGCAAAACUGCUUGAAGACGAACGGACCAUCUCUCUGCAAAAUGAAACCAGGAUUGAAAAAUUAGAGAAGUCAAAUGAGAAGCUGCAGCUCAGCAGGAAAAAGAUACAGGAAGCAUUUGCUAAGACUACUAUUCUCCUGGAUGAAGCUAAGAUUCGUGAAGAUGCACGAAACGCUCAACGCAAAUGUUUAGAGAAAGAUUUUGCUGCCUUAAAGGAAGAGAACAAAACACUCAAGGUGACUAUUAAAGGCUGGGAGGAAAAACACAAGGAGCUGAAUGAGAAGAUUAAAGUCUUCCAAAAGUCCCAAAAAGAGCUGGAGGAUUCUGUUGUGCUCAAAGAUCACAAUGUUGAGGUGCUGUCUGAGCUUCUAGCAGACUUGGAUGCUUGUGAUUUGCAAAAAGGGGACACCAAAGUUUUAGCCAAUGGUGAAGUUGCAGCUGAUAAGAAAACGGCCAUAAGAAACAGAAUUAAACAGAUGAUGGAUGUUUCCAGGAUCCAGACUACUCUAACUGUUGUAGAGGAGGAGCGGGAUCGCUUCAUGGCAAAACUACUGAAUGAAGAAAAGUCUAGGAAGGAACUAGAAGAACAACACCAAGAAAUGGAACAUGCAAUCGGAGCCCUUAAAAGCGAGAAAAGUCAUGUUGAAAACCAGUUCAGGAUCCUUCAGCAGAAAAAUGAAAUCAUGGUUGAGAUGUACCAGCAGAAGGAAAACGCACUGCAGCAGAAAUUAACAAAAGAGGAGCUGGAUCGACGCAGCAAAGAGAAUCUGUUGUCUGAGGUAGGAGGGAAAGCUCUCGAAGCCGAGGAGCAGGUUAAGCUCUUGAGGCAACGCAUUAAUGAAAUGGAGGAGCAGAUGAAGAAGACAGAGGAAGUCUAUAAAGAACAGAUCAAAGAGCAGGAAAACAAAACUCAUUCCAACUGGGUGAAUGCUCGUAAUGCAGAGCGAGCUGUAAGUCAGGAGAAGCUUGAAUCAUCAAAGCUGCGGGAAAAACUGGUAGUACUUACUUACCAGCUUAAUGAGCGCCGUGCUCCUCUCUUCAGACCAAACGCGGGUCAACCUGCAGGCCCUCGCCAAGGUGAUUCAUAUGGGCCCUCUCCUGUGAGUGGGGGUGCUCCAUCCCCUCCUUUAAUGAUCGAGGGUCCCAGGCGCCCUCCUUCUGCCCCAGUAGGGCGAAGAAUUGACCCGUAUGGUCCUCGACCUCCAUCAGAUCCACAUGGCCGUUACCCUGAAAACAAACACAUCCCUGGGAUGGACAUGACCGGUCCCCGCAGUUCAUCUCCAGCCAACCUGGAUGGAUCUACACAAGCCGUAGAUCCACAGAUAAAAGCAGAAACUCAGGCUGUGGCUUCCACAGAGAGUCCAGAGCCAGGACCUGGAUCCUUCCUAGCAUCACCAAUCAGGGACUCACCCGGUCUCAUGCUUCAAGGACCUCCACCUGGUCCUGGUCCCCAUGACCCAAUGCUCCCUCCUGGACCUCACAGCCGUCUGCCACCACCCGGACCUUACAGACCACCACGUCCAGGCCCUUACCAACUCCCACCAGGUCCUCUUCCUCCAAAUUUUCCUCCUCCUCUUCACGGGCCUCCUCUACCAGCCAAUGGACACCCAGGUAUCCCCCCGCCUGGACCAAUGGGAGGAGAGUUUGGACCUCGACCUGCCAAUGGACAUGUAUUCCACCCCAGGCCAGGCCCUGGACCUGUAAUUGAUCCUCGGGGUCCGCCACCACCACACUUCCGUCCCCCACCACUACAUCAUUUUGGACCAAUGCCUCUGCUACAUGGUGUCCGUGGGCCUUUGGGACCACGUCCACCCGUCCCUCCUGACAUGCGCUUCCCAGGACCACGAGACCACAUCGGCCCACCCAUGGACCUGCCUCUAGGUGUCCUGCCUCAUCCUGCACACCCUGGAAAUGCAUACGGUCAGGCUGUACCCAAUGACCUCCAGAACUCAGCAGGUGCUCAGAGUGGCCCCGGUCAGGACCUGCAUGUGAAGCAGGAAGCCCCUCAGGACUCAACAAGGCCAGCAAUGGCCCAGCCUUAAAAACAGCACCAGCUACAGCAAAGGACUUGAACACAUCACCCCAAACCUGUCACUGUAACAACCCUGAUCCAGUCCAAACAUAGGCCAUGGUGAUUUUCUUUUUUUUUUCUUUUUUUGUUCUAAAACUUGCAAUGUUCAUUAAAAACAAGAUCCUUAGAUUAAAGAAUCAUCUAUAAUUGUCUGAAAUCCAUGAAUUGAGAGGAUUACCACUUUUUUAACAGCUUAUUGUGCAAUAAUACACUUCAUUAUAUGCCAGAGAAUUUUCUUUUGUGUUGAUCUUUUUAAAAACAAAUAUCUAAUGAUUUUUAAGGGGCAGUUUUUUUUAAUGUCAUUUCCUGUGGAAAUUAUUUUAAGGAAGAAACAGGCAAGAGGUUUAGUUUCUAGCAUUUCAGGAAUACCAUUUCCCAAAGUUGUUGCUUCAGUACGAACUGUAAAGCAAAUGUGUAAUUUGAUGGCCAGAUGUAUAACUUAUUUUGCUAUAUUGUUAGAACUUUCAAUAAUAAAGAAUGUAAAAGCGGUCAGUGUUAUAAACUUGGGAUGUGCUUCAUACCAUUUCUGUAGGCUUCUGAGCUAUAACGAGGCCUUUGAGAGAAAAAAAUAAGGCAUACAUCUGUGCUGUUGGAGGUAGAAACCUAAGAAAAAAUUCAGUGACUAUGCUUUGUUUUCAGUGUCUGUAUGUUUAAACGCUUCUGAGAACAAGAAGCUUUGGUGGUCAGUUAGCAGAUCUCAACUCAGCUUCACCUCUUACAAGUCCUGAAAGAAUUAUCUUGCACAUAGUUCAUUAGAUUGGAAAAUUAGAAAUAUACCUCAAACCUGAAAGAUAUAAUGCUUUAACCUCAACAUGGGUUACCUGCCCCAGUCAAAUGUUUAUAACUUUACCCUAUUUUUUAAAUGACCAGCCAACACACUGCCUCAUUUGUAGUUUAUUAGAAAUAAAAAGCAUUGUAAAUGUUUGACAAAGCUAUCAUCAACAUGUCAACAAAACGAAAACAACCCGAAACUGCUGCACUUCAUACACACAUUCACUGUUAAUUCAUCAGUUAGUCAAAUGGUUCAUUUACAGUCUGGAUUUUUGUGAUAAAAAAAAUUAAAUCUAAAAGCAAAUAUUACAGCGUUAAUGUCAGUGAAGAAGUCGUGCUGCCACAGAAUGGAAAGUUACUGCAGUAUUAGAGAUUUUUCUCCCCUGACCAGUCUCUUAGAAGCUUCUCUUCUGUACACAUAAAACAUCUUGAUCUGCAAGACUCAAUGUUUCUUU